UUCUAUAUUCCGAGUGAGUUUUCCUUCCGAGCUGCAAGGAGUCUUAUGCAAUUUAUGCAACGGCAGCCCCUGGGAACCGUAGAGAGUGUCACAUCCGAACCGAUUUAACGUUGACAUCAUCUUGAGGGGCAAUAGCAAGGUUUUGGAAGCAUCAAAAAACCGUUCAUAAAUAACCAACCACUCGAUAUGCAUAAUUAAUGAUCCAUAAAGAUGGCCAUUAGCUUGGCUCGGCUUCGAUUUCGGUUUCUUUGUAGCCAGACGAUGAUUCAGGCGAUACAGUUACGGAUGAUGCUGGUGCCGCUCGUGCUCAUGCUCGUGCUAGAGCUCUUCUCGUGCCCGACUCUGGCUCUGGACCAGCUGACCGUCUGUCCGCCGAGUGUGGGCUGCGUGAAGGGCACGCACCGAAAGGGCUAUCAGUCGGAGCGGUUCGAGGCCUUCAUGGGCAUUCCAUAUGCCCUGCCACCCGUGGGAGAGCUGCGAUUCAGCAACCCCAAGGUUAUGACCAAGCUGCUUGGCCUCUACGAUGCCACCAAGCCCAAGCCGGACUGUAUCCAGAAGAACUAUCUGCUGCCUACUCCCAUCGUCUUUGGCCAAGAGGAUUGCCUCUAUCUGAAUGUCUACAGGCCAGAGCUUCCACGUUCUGGACAGGCCCUGCUCCCUGUAAUGGUCUACAUCCAUGGUGGUGGAUUCUUCAGUGGCUCCGCUGGACCUGAAGUCACGGGACCAGAAUACUUCAUGGACUCGGGUGAGGUUAUCCUGAUAACCAUGGCCUAUCGCCUGGGGCCUUUCGGUUUUCUAUCCACCCAGGAUGCAGCCAUCUCUGGAAACUUUGGCCUCAAGGACCAGAACCUCGCCCUGCGCUGGGUGCAACGCAACAUAGAAGCCUUCGGUGGCGAUCCCAAGCGAGUGACCAUCUUUGGCCAAAGUGCCGGGGGAGUUGCCACGCACCUGCACCUCCUCAGUCCCAGGUCGAAAGGUCUUUUCCACGGCGCAAUCAGCAUGAGCGGCACAGCCAACGUGCCCUUUGCAAUCACGGAGCAGCCCUUGGAGCAGGCCCGUCUUGUGGCCGAGCUCUGCGGAAUCAAACAGGCCCAAAACCUGAGCACGGCGAAGCUGGCACGAUCCCUUCGCCAUGUGGAGGCGACGAGACUGCUGGACGCCGGCGAUGGUCUCAAGUUCUGGGACGUGGAUCACAUGACAAACUUCCGUCCCGUGGUGGAGCAAGGUGUUGGCGCGAAGGCGUUUCUCAGCGAACACCCCAGCCGGCUUGUGGCACAGGGCAGUCGAAUGCCCAUUCCCUGGCUGGUGGGAACAGUUCCGGACGAGGGAGCGGUCCGCGUGGUGAAUAUCAUGGGCAAUGAGACGCUGCGCCAGAGCUUCAAUUUGAGAUUUGACGAGCUGCUGCAGGAGCUGAUGGAGUUCCCGACCAGCUUCAGCGAGGAGCGGCUGGCCAGCAGCAUGACCCUUAUCCUGAAGGAGUACUUUCAGAAUCAGCACGAGGUGAACGAAAAGACUGUCCAGGGGUUCAUGGAUCUCAUCACUGACAGGGGAUUUAAGCAUCCUUUGUACAAUGCCAUCAGGGAGGAUGUGCGCCAGCAGCGCCCGCCUCCGCUCUAUCUGUACAGCUUCAACUACAGAGGUCUCCUGAGCUAUGCCUCCGCCUACACCUCGGCGAAUGUCAGCGGCAAGUACGGCGUGGUUCAUUGCGAUGAUCUGCUCUACUUGUUUCGCACUCCGCUGAUCUUUCCCGACUUUGAGCGGAAUUCCACUGAGGCCAAAGUGAUUCACUCCUUUGUGGAUUACUUUGUGCACUUUGCCGAAUUCGGCAAACCUAGGAAUAUGGAGUCAGUGAAACCUUGUACUGAGUCGCUGCUUCAGUCACGCCCCAGUGGGAUGUGUGAUUACCAUGAAUUUAUCAAUGCGCCGCCUCCCUACAAGGGGUUUGAGGUGCACGUGUCUAGCGAAUUCCAGGGGCCACGAGUCAAGCUUUGGGCGAGUAUACUGAACGAAACCUCCUUAAAUGAAUACUAAAGCAGUCAGUGAAUGAAUAUUAUGUAUACGCAUAGUUCCCCCACACCUCAAAGAUGUAUUACGACCUAAGAUGAAACCAGAGAGUACAUACAUACAUACGUAAUGUUAGAAAACACCUAAGAUUUAAUCGUUGAUGUAGAGGAUUCUAAGGUUUCUGGCUUUCUUUCGUCGAUACCUAAAAGAAAUCUUAUUCUUAUAUAUGUAUUGCUAAUAUAUGCCCCAUCACCUGGAAACGCUUUGUUUGGCAUUAUACAAGUCUGAAAAGUGGAAAUUGAAUUUCAUGGCCUCAUUAUCCAUGAAGCUUCUGUUUGAAGGCAGCAACUAGAUUUUCAAAUACAAUAUACAAUAUUCUACCUGUAA